UUUCUCCUCACUCUAAAACUUCAGGAAUGCCAAGAAUGCUGCUAACCAACUUGUAUUUCAUGCCGGCGUCCGUAGGGGAAUGCGUAUCGGUGAAACCGUUCCCUCAGCUCCCACUGCCCAGGAUGCAGCAGUGGGGGGUUAUCGGAUACAAGUCAGCGGACGGGGGCAUGUUGGGGUCCGAACAUCUCAGGAUUUUCUAUGCGAGGCGAAGACUCGAUCUUUGGACAAUCUAUUCUAUAUUCUAUAACUAGUUACGGGGCACCUACCAGAAGUACAUCGGACUUGGAUGACGGCUAUAUAUCUUGAGAUUGACAUUGCAGCUAUGGAGGGUGAUGCAUCUAGCCAAUGCACCAAUAUGGGUACCAUUGUGGCACGAUCGUUGGGGCCUGGGAGCCAGCAAUGCCAGUAACUUCGCUCUUCGGGGUGGACGGCUCACUGGGGCGAGUUAGUGAUAUAAGGUGGAGUUGUGACAUCGGGAAAUCUAAAAGGGCUGUCCGUUAAUAGACAAUGGGGGAAAAGGACUUGGGACUAUGUCGGUUCACAGAUAAGCAAUACUUACUCAAUCUCAGUAGUCACAUAUGGGGGCCAGUCGAAUACGUCGUGCAUGAUAUUGGAUAGACAAAGCCGGUAGGUGAAAUCGUAGCUA